UUUAAGGCGUCUAAUAUUAAGAUGAGAAAAAAACUGGACCGUUUCAAAGCUGGUCACGUUUGGUACACAAUAACAACUCGAAAACGUUCACUCGAGAGUGUAACAACCCCUAAAAACGUCCACAAAAACAUUAACUCCCAACAAAAUAAUUUAAUGUCUGAAAUUUCCACUCCGUUGUUGUUAAGGAGAAGAUUAAGCGUUCCGGAGAUAGUAAUGAGAAAAUAUUCCCUGGCGCAAAAGGUCAAUGACGAGGAUGAUGAUGGAAGUUUGAUGAUAACUGGUAGAAAGUCGUCGAGUAUGUCGCGAAAGAAAAAAAAGAAUUAUCGCAGGGUGAAUUUGUGGAGAAACUCGAAUUUUGAGAAUGAAAAAAUGAAGGUGGAGAAUAAUUUGAGUCAAAUGACGGAAUUAAACGUGAUCUCAAACGUACGAUUGAGUCAGCCCACUUUGGACUUAAUUUUUAGAGAAAUUCUUAAAGAAGCCAAGUUAAAUUUUGUGAAUGAAUCGACAUUUCACGAAAGUGAAAAGAAAGUUAUAAGUUCUGUGGACGUGGGAAGCCCUUAUAAAAAUAUCUCCCAAACGAGUGUUCCUAGAUAUUCCGCAACUCCAAGAACUUCCUCGAUGGAAGUAAAUGCCUCAUCGUCCGGAAAUGAUAACGGGUCCGAUUCAGAUACGUUCCUAGAUAGCUUAGAAGAUCUUUCGCAUGUUCUCUUACCUGAUAACAGCGACCAAAAUAAAACCUUAAAUAAAUCAAAAUCAAAACCUUGCCCAGCUUUUUUUGUUCCAAUCGAAAACAAAGCUACAACUCCCACCAAAAAAAUAUCCGAUUUACUUCCGAAUCGAGUUAAAGAAAAAUUAUUCGCUCGACAAGAAAAACGACAAAAGAAACUUGAAAAUCCCGUUUCAACAUUACCAAGAGUUCCUAUUGAUCCACGCCCAACAGGGAAUUCAACGAUUCCUAUUGAACCAACAGGAACGAAACGAUUCAUCGUGAAACCCAAAAAAUUUAAUUUCCCAAAAAGGAAACAAUCACCAAAAAGAAAACCAUUAACGAUCGUUUCAAAUGAUAACAAAUCGAAAAUUCCAAUUUCCAUGACACCAAAUUUACCAAAAAUAGUUGAUGAGAAACCAAAGAGAACCACAAAAAUACCAGUUAGUAGACGUAACAUGGAUACAAAAGUCGAUAGACUCAUCGCCAACAUCCUCAUCGAUACCUUAAAUAGAGGCAUCGAAGAAACCCAACCUAUUUCUAAAAAAGAAACCAACAGCUCCGUUCCCCAGGGUUGGUCAUCACUUUAUAUGUUACACAAACAUCCCGAAUCACCAGAAAGCACUUCAGAUGAAGGUACUCAUAAUUCACGUAAAAUUACCACAAAAAAAUACAACGAUAGAACACAAUCACCCCCAAUUAACGAAUGGUCCGUUACGGUUGAAGGAUCUUACGUUCCCGAUAUUGAAAUGAGAUUGCGUUUUCAUCGAAUGGACCAUCGAAGGAAAAUCGAACAAAAAAAUAAUGUUCGAUUACCAGCGAUGAGGUUUCCACCAUCAUCUAUUAAUAAUGAGCGUUGGUCAGAAAUGACUGGAGUGAGUGACUUUUUGCGAUCAAAAGGUGAUGAGAGACCUUCGAAGGUGAAUUCUACAAAGCAUCGGAGAGACGUUUUACCAAAAAACAGACAAUUACAACCGGUUCGUGGAUUGGAAAGUGUUUUGGGGGAAAGUCAAUUGAGUGCUAUUUUGAGGAAAUUUCCUGGAUUACUCACUGUGAAUGGAAAUGGAAUUUUACCAGAUAAGAAUCACUUAUAAAUAAAAUUUAAUUUUGUAGAUGCACUUGACGUCUUAUAAUUGAUUGUCAUUAAAAAGAAUAUUUUAUAAGUA